AUGCUACGCCGUCUCCUCACGCUGGGCAACAGCAACACACUUCAGAUACUGUGGGCCACACGGCAGAUUGGAAAAACAGCAACACGAGUACAAACACAACAGCGACUAACACCUGUAGUAGUAAAACGUGGAAAUGCACAACUAGUCAACCGAGGACGACAGGUAGAAACAAAGGUAGUUGGAAAGAUAAAUAAAAAGAGCAUAGUAAAUAAUAAAGGGGCAGUCAGGAAUGUAAAGAAUAAAAGUCAAACGACUAGAAAUAAGGCGACUGUGGAGAAAAAAAAAGCAGUACGCACAAAAAAUACAGUAGCUGUGUCUUCACAACGACAACGAAAGACUACAGAACGUAAAACUGGAAAAGAGACAAAACGCAAACGUCCACAUGCUCACGCCGUUCAGAAGAUGAAGUAUAAUAAACGGGUAGCAGCCAUUGCCAAGCUGUGGCGGAUGCAGAAGAAAAAGAAUACAUCCAAAACUUUGACGAAACUCGGCAAGAAGUAG